AUGUUAAGUAAAAAAGGGCAUCCGCUCAUGGUUUUUGAAAAUUAUAAGUUUCGUAAAUACCGCGUAUUAAAAACGACACAAGAGGAAGUGUGGUGUUGCACAAGGAAAAAUUGCAACGCAAAAAUGUAUAUUUUAAAUUCCUUCUUUUCGCGAAAAAGUCUGAAACAUAAUCAUCAGAUGGAAGAAACAUCAUUGAUUCGCCAAAAAAUUAGUAACUCCCUAAAGAGAAAAGCUGAAGAAAUAUGCAGUGAGAGACCACUAAAGUUGAUACGAAGAGAACUGAAGGCCCAAAGCUCUUCAAUUAUUGAUGUUAUUUCCAUGAAAGAUAUCCAAUAUAUCCGCAAUAAUCUUUAUCGUGCUAGACUGCAACAAAGGCAGAAAUUACUGAAGUCGCCAGAAGAACUACAAAGUGCUCUAGUGCAAAUGGACAUAAAUACAAGUAAGGGUGAACCGUUUUUGCUUAUUAACGAUAUGGAAAUUAACAAACGUAGAAGAACGAACAUUGACAGUUACGAGGAUGAUUCAACUAGUGAUUCCAGUAAACUCAUAGAAAUGGCGAGAGAUGAUCGCGGAGCUUCUAGGUACCUUCAAUGCCAAUCAGAUGAGAACAUGUCGGAUUCGGAUUCCGUAAUUGACAUCAUCAAACACGAAAUUGACAUCCCAGAAUAUGUUCCAGACAACGGCUCCUUGCAAGAAGCCGAAACAAUAAUGAUUAAAGACGAUGAUGAUGAUGAUAGUAGUCAGUCUACACAUAAUAUUGAAGAAGUAAAUAUUAAAGAAGAACCCAUUAGCGAGCAAAAUAAUUUUGACGAUCGGCAUCCUGUAGAUGUUUUUUGCAAAAGCGUGGCUUUAUCAUUGAAAAGUUUAAGAAUGGAUUUGUGCAACGAGGGUAAAAUUCGAAUUAUGCAACUGAUCUCUGAGCUGGAGCAACGAAAUUCUUUGCCCAAUGAAGGCCCAAGUACCAGUAAAAGUUUGAACAAUCGCGCUGAACCAACUAGUACUGUAACAAACUAUUUAGUUCCGAAAAAAGAACUCGACUGAUAGUAUUCGUUUAUUUUUGAUAUUAAGUAAAGUUUCUUUUGUACGAAAUGAUUGUUUAUUUUUCAAAUAAAAUUAUUUUUCAUUUCUUCCUAA